AUGAUAACUAAAAUUGGGAAUAGUGCUUUUUAUCAAUGCACAUCAUUAACAAGUAUCGCAAUUCUAGGGAAUGAGGCAUAUAUUGGAAAUAGUGCAUUUGAAGGAUGCAUAGCAUUAACAAGUAUCACAAUUCUAGGAAAUUUAGUAUCCCUUGGAGAUCGUGCAUUUAAUUUAUGCACAAACUUAACAAAUAUCCCAAUCACUGGUAGUUUAACAUAUAUUGGAAUAGAAGCAAUUCCGUAUUUGAGAACAAUCAACGAUAUAACAUUUCGAGUGAGUUCUGCAACUAUUGCAAAUGAAGCAUUUCGCGAAUACACAAACUUAACAAGUGUCACAUUGCUAGGAGAUGUAAAAUCUAUUGGCGAUAGAGCAUUUUAUAAUUGCACAUCAUUAAUAAAUUUCACAAUAACAGGUAUUGUGAAAUCAAUUGGCUAUUGGUCAUUUUCUUAUUGCACAUUACUCACAAAUUUAUCAUUCACAUCGAAUUAUGCACCUAUUGGACGUGAAGCAUUUUGGAAUUGUACAUCAUUAAAAUAUAUUUCACCAAUAUGGAGUGUGACAUCUAUUGGAGUACAAGCAUUUGGAUAUUGCACAAACAUAACAAAUCUCACAUUCACUGGAUGUUUAACAUACAUUGGAGAUUAUGCAUUUGAAUCUUGUCUAUCGUUAAUAUAUAUUACAUUCCUAAACAAUAUCAAUACAAUUACAGUUGGACGCAUAAUAUUUUAUGAUACAGUACAUGUUAAUCCGUUUUAUGUGGAUCCGAAAAAUAUCUCCAUUCCUGGAAAGUUUUUAGCUAAUAUUGAUUAUCAAGCUGAUUACUAUUUUCUACGCAAUAGUCACCUAUUUGUAACACAUCGAACAAUUUUAACAGAUGAUAUAAAAAAACUUUUUAAGGAUACCCUUACGUGUCAGAUUUUUUGCGCAUACGAAGAAGUCAUGCUAGACAUGAGCUAUAAACCUGAAAUUUUAGCAACAUAUUUAAAACUUUUUAAACUACAAUACACUUUAAUAUUCAAGAACAAAAAUAUUCUUUUUAGAAAUUACAUAAUUAUUUUAUGUGAAAUCUAUAUAAAAACAUAUUUUGCGAGCGUAACUUUUUUCUUUAUAAGCACCUUAUAUGACUGA